AACUCAGUUGUCUAAGAGAGCUGCCAACGUGCAGUUCGGUAAGCGCUAAAAACACGUUAACGGCUUUUUUUAUCUAACGAAAAUUUUACUGAUAUUUACAUAUACAUACAUAUCAAGGUGUUUAAGUGGCGAGGCUCAGCAGCAGCAGCAGGAAAUAGAGUGAAAAAAGUAAAUUCAACAAAAAUAGUAAAAGUAUUUUUCGCUGAAACAAAAAUUGCACGCAUUUUGAAAAUCAAAUUGAAAUUGCCAUCCAUUUAACUAAUAGAAAAAUUGCAUUGUGUUUAAUUACAGAAAUUGAAAAAUGAAAUGCAAAAUAUCUCUGCUUAAAUAUAAAUAUAAAAUUUAAAAUAAUUACAAAAAAAUUAAAUCACCUCUAAUACAGGGCUUCACAUUAAUUGUAAGCUAAACUAAAGUUACGUAAUUUAAUUAAAUAAGAAAUUUAAUAUACAACAACAAAAACGAAGAAAGCAACUAAUAUUGAUAAGUCAAACGAAGGUUAGAUAAUCAAACCGCAUUUGAAUAAAUUACAUACAAGUAAAUAGAAAAAAAUAUUGCAAUUUAAAUACGAUAAUAAAUACUCGAUACCGCCCGCUUUAAAUAAAAAUAAGCAAACGCGUGUAAGACACAGUGAAUUAAAUUUAAAAUUUGCGUCAAUAAAUUCAUAAAUCACAGCAGCAACCGCAAACACAGCAAAGUGCCGAGAUGCGUAUUAGUUUACCCGCCGAUCUGAUAAACACAGCGUUUGAGACAAGGAUGGCACUGCACGCUCACAGCAUCAACACGGUGCGUUCCACCACCAGCCUGAGCAAUAUGAUCAAUAGCAACAGCAACGACCUUGCCAAUGGCAGCAAUGAUCGCCGCCAUAUUGUUGAUAUAUUAGUGGGUGUUGUUGCUGUACCGGUGCUUAUACUUUUCGCGUUGCAGCUGGAGAAGAAUCUACAGAAUAUGAAUAAUAGCCCAUGGCUGGUGUUUGUUCUGGGCGUAGGCCUGCUGAUGGUCAUCAUGAUCAUCAUCGGCUAUGUGACACAUCGCUUGAGUGUCUGCUGUUGGACGGGACCCAUCGAUGAGCUGGGCAAUCGAACGGAUGGGCGUGGAUUAUCGCAUAUCAACACCCAAAACGAUAUAUUGCGCAUUGUAGACACCCUGCCGCCCAGCUAUGACACGGUUGUGAAGCAUGAAAUUCCGCCGCCACCCUAUGACUGUGUCAUUGUCAAUAUGGAACAGUGCAAGGAACAACAGAUAUCACCGAAUGCGCCCACAGCUGCCACCACGAGCAACUCCUCCGCGGACACCAAUGUUAAAGAGGCACCAGCAACGCACGGGGCGGCACUGCAUAUUUGACUUUGCAACUUCGGGAAAGCCAAGCUGUUGGCGCGUAGAGCAGCUUGUAAUUAGCUUUACGGAGAGAGAAACUAAAGAGAUCGACGACUUUGCAGCAAAACAAAGAAGAAAAAAAAAACAAAA